GAGUUCAAUUGGGAGGAAGCGGAGUAGCAGAUUUUUCGUUGACAGAGAAAAAAGAGAGCCAAAAAAGUGAACUAAAUGGUCACACCCGGUCACAAUUAACAAAGACAACAAUAAUGCAAGGGAAAAAAGUCGGUGAAAGUGAAAUGGAAAGUGAGCUGAUUGUUACUUCAAAGCUUAAAUCGCCAUCUGACUUGAUACUAACAAGUAAUAACGAGAAUCAUAUUACAGAAGACAAUAAAAGUUCACCAAAAGAAAAAUCACAACAAAAAGCAAACAAUAAUAUUACUAUUAUUAUAACUGCUAAUGAUAAUAACAGUAGUAGUGGUUCUUCGGCUACAACGACUCCCAUAGAAGCGAAACCCGAAUUAGAAAAUACAACGACAAUAAUAUCGAAAUCAGAAUCAAAGACACCGCCAGAUAUAUCUUCAUUGUCGGUUGAUGAUGCCGAUGUUAUCUCUGAUAAUACUUGUCCUCCAAUACCAUCAUUAUUACCAUCAAUCACUUUUGAAUCAGAAUUACAAACUCAACCUCACCAUUCUCCCUUCCCAGAUGGUGUUAUUAAAACUGGGAAGCGAAAACGAACUAACUCGAUGGAUCAAGUAGAAAUUCCAGUAGAGGAAGUCGAGCAAACAGCUGAAGACACUGGAAAUGAAGAAGAAAAUACUGCCUUGGCUGAUGAUGAAGCUGAAGCGGAAGCAGUACCUAGCGAUAUAACACGACGUAGAGGUGCCGUCACCACCGCUUCCAGUCCGAGAGCCGACCCAAAAGCCACAGAGGAGUAUCGUGCUAUAGAAGAAAAAUUUGAACAAUUAAUUACCAGGCGUUGGGAAGAAAAAGCAAGAGAAUUGGAUAAUGAACGAGAUUUAAUAAUAAAAGGUACACAUGCUGGAUUCCGCACAGGUAUGGAUGAAAUUGAAAAACGAAGACGGCAUCGAAUAAGUGUUGCAGAGGCGCGAAGAAAGCAGUACAGGGAAAGCACCCGUGAUCAGAUAAACUCCACAAAUCAUCGGGCAAACUGUGAGUUUCUGUCAAAGAGAGUUGGAUGGCGAAAAGCAAGAUUAGCUGAGAUAAGUAGUAGACGAUGGAAAUUACUAGAGGACAAGAAAAACCUAGAUAAUUAUGCACGCUUAGAACAAACACCACAAUCUGAUUACGAGUCUGAUUUACGGCAAAUGGGGUACCCUACGUCAUCACCACUAGAAAUGUUUGUUGAAGGAGAUCGAUUUUGUUUUCGUGGCAAUCGUUUCACUAAAGGAGACUCUGUUCUUAUAAUUGAUAAUCAUUCUGGUCGGUAUAAUGCAAAAUUUAUUAUGGGAACUAAGCAUGAGGUAACAAUACAACGGAUGGAUGGAUCAAAAACCAGGAUUCCAAUGGAUCAAUUAAGAGACGGACGGUAUAAGAUGCAGCUUAAGGAAACAUAG